UUCACACCCUUCAAAUACAUUUUAUUAUCAUAAUACGUUUAUUUAAAUGGAUAAAAUUAUCCACAAAUGCAAAUAUAUUAAUUUUUGGAGCUGCUUUAAAUGAGGGAAAAACUAAAUAAAAGCUUGUGAAAAGGAACGCAACGCAAGUAAAUGUCAGUUUGUUUUCAAACAAAAUAUUCCGUUUUUCUCUUUUCGAGUGAAUGGAUGCGCUCCGAGUAUUUUGUGGAUUUUUCUUGACGACUUGGCUUGUAAGGACACUGACGAUACUGCUUUUAAACGUAGACCUGGAAAAGUUUUGGAUAUCGCUUUCUCUGAACGACCCUUGCAUGAAAAUCUGGACUUUGUACUACUUUGGUAAACUGUUUGUGUUGUUAAUAAACAUGAACGCGAGCAAGUGUUGUGUGCGGAACUGCAAAAAUACACGUCCAGAUACUACCUUGCAUAAGUUCCCUGAUCCAGAAAAAGAGUUGGAUAGAUUUAAUUCUUGGAUUUUUGCAAUUGGUGGAAAUGUUUUAAUGAUGGAUCCCAAGUCUAUCUUUAAAAAUGGAAGAAUUUGCCACUCACAUUUUAACCCAAAAUUUUAUACUGCGAGCAAAAGACUUAGCAAAAAUGCAAUUCCAUCAUUGUUUUUAUCAGGUGUUCACUCAUCUUUGCCUGUUCAGCCUGCUCCAUCAAUUGUUGAGCAACCUACCCCAUCAACAUCUAAAGGUAUCCACUCAUCAUUGCCCUUACAAGAUGUAACUAACAUGACAAGGGAAACCAUGUUUUCGGGUCAGAGAUGUGAACAGGUGCUGCAGCCAACUGUUCUACCUCCAAAUCAGCCGGCUCCAUCAAUAUUUGAGCAACCUGCCCCACCUACAUCCAAAGGAAAACAAGGUGUCAAAAGAAAUAUUUUCAGUUUUGACACAGAGACAAUUAUGCUAAAAAGUAAAAUAAAAAAAUUACAAGGACAAAAGGAUUCUGCAAUGACAAGAUUGAAGAAAGCAUUAAAAUUGUCAGAAAAUGCAACAUUUAAGAAAGCACUUAGCAAAUUUUCACCAGCAGCAAAUAUUUUCACCAUGCUACAAUUUCGAGAGUCAGGGAAGCAUAAAUUAGGUUGCCGAUUUAAUAAGGACGAAAAAGUGAUGGCCUUAUCCCUGUAUAAACAGGGGCCCAGAGCAUAUCGCUGGCUAAGAAAGUUUUUGUACUGCCUUCCCACUAACACUUACCAGGAUGAUCUCACGGGCUUCAUUGCACCCCGGAAUUAA